CCAGCUCCAUACGCGGAGAGGCAGCAAUCCGGCGCAACCGCAGACCACCGCAACAAUGCUUCUCCUCGAUUAUCAAAAUGUCCUGAUUCAAUCGGUACUGACCGAGCGGUUCUCUGGUGCCCCGCCUGCGUCUAUUGACCAGACCAUCUCCGACUUCGACGGCGUCACCUUCCACAUAUCGACCCCAGAAAGCAAGACGAAGAUCCUGCUCUCUGUCCAAAUACGUUGCUUCAAGGACCUGGUUCAGUAUGGCGCGGAGCAGGUCCUUCAGCGGGAAUACGGCGACUACGUUGCGCCGGUCGAGACAGGCUACGACUUCUCUGUCCUAAUUGACUUGGAGCAGCUACCUGCGGAGAAGGAGGAGCGCGAUGCCCUGGCCAUGAAGUUCGCCUUGCUCAAGCGCAACGCCAUGGCAGCCCCUUUCGAACAAGCAUACGAGGAGCACUACAAGCUGAAGGAGGAAGCUUCCAAGUUCACAUCAGAAGAAGCCCCUCAAGGAGUUCGAGAGGGUGGCCAGGUCAAGGCCAUCCACUACCGCGACGAGGAGGCAAUCUACGUCAAGGCCAGCCACGAUCGCGUCACCGUCAUCUUUAGCACCGUCUUCCGCGAAGAGACAGACAGAGUGUUUGGGAAGGUUUUCAUCCAGGAGUUCGUGGAUGCGCGGAGAAGGGCCAUCCAGAACGCUCCGCAGGUGCUCUUUAAGAACGAUCCGCCACUCGAGCUCCAGGGCGUCCCCGGAGUCAAGAGCACUGGCACUGGCGAAAUCGGCUACGUCACGUUUGUGCUCUUCCCGCGUCACCUGACGCCUCAGCGCAUGCCCAUUGUCAUCUCCCACAUCCAGACCUUCCGCGACUAUUUCCACUACCACAUCAAGGCGUCCAAAGCAUACAUCCAUUCUCGUAUGCGCAAGCGAACAGCGGACUUCCUCCAAGUCUUGCGCCGAGCUCGGCCGGAGAACGAGGAGCGGGAGAGAAAGACGGCAAGCGGCAGGUCAUUCAAGGUGCAAUAAGGGGCGCUCAAGGCUUUGCUGUUGUCAAUGGCCCAACAGCGGCUCACGAGUCACGACAUGUGCGGCACGUCGCAUUGAGUAUUGGAGUACGAAGUACAGUAAGGCGGGAAUGCAGCGCUGCUCAUGCGUGUCGGCCAGUCAAUGAAUGAGAUAGUUGCUCUAAAUCAUGCAUAAGAACGCAUUGCAGAG